AGAACCAUGCUAGAUUUAACGCCUCAUCAUCUCCUCUUCAUUUUGUUUCUCUUUGGCCUUUUCUCCAUGAAUCAUGCUUGCAAUAAAAUAGACCGUCACUCUCUCUCGUCUUUAGCCUUCAACAAUAUGUCUUCUCCUCCACUAAAUUGGUCUUCCAUUGAUUGUUGCCGGUGGGAAGGCAUUUCUUGUGAUCAUAAACGUCAAGUCACCCAUAUUUGGUUACCUUCUAAAGGCCUCACUGGGAGUAUAUCUUCCUCUCUUGGAAACCUCACACAGCUCUCCCACCUCAAUCUCUCUCACAAUUCUCUUUCAGGGCCUCUCCCUAAGGGAUUGUUUUUGUCCUUGAAUCAACUCAAGGUCCUUGAUUUGAGCUACAACCAUCUAGUUGGAGAUAUAUCUGGCUGGCCUGCCUCCAUUCAAAUCGUUAACGUAUCUAGCAAUCACUUCAGCGAGACACUCCAGUCUUCAUCCCUUCAAAGAGCAUGGAGGUUAAUCGAGCUCAAUGCCAGCAACAAUAAUUUCAUCGGCCCUAUUCCUUCCUUUCUUUGUGUCAAUUCUACCAUUGUUAAGCUCCUCGAUUUCUCCCAUAAUCUCCAUAGUGGCCAUAUUCCUAGUGGACUAGGGGCAUGUUCCAAAUUAAAGGUUUUUCGGGCAGGUUUUAACUCUCUCUUCGGUCCUCUUCCUGAUGAUAUAUACAAUGCAACAGGGUUAGAAGAAAUCUCAUUACCUUCCAAUGAUCUUUCAGGACCCAUUAGCAGUGACAUUGUGAACCUUGUCAAACUCACCAACCUUGAAUUGUAUGUCAAUAAAUUGAGUGGCAAGCUCCCUGAGAAUAUUGGAAAGCUUUCCAAAUUGAAGCACGUGAUCCUUCAUUCAAACUCCUUAACAGGUUCAUUGCCCCCAUCUUUGAUGAAUUGCACAAAUCUCACACGAUUGAUUUUACGGAUCAAUUUCUUUGAGGGAGACGUGUCUUUCUUCAAUUUCUCUGGUCUUCAUCAACUUACUGUAAUUGACCUUGGGGCCAAUAACUUCUCAGGUAGCUUGCCAGUAAGCCUCUACUCAUGCAAGUCCCUAAUUGCGAUCCGACUAGCCCGAAACCAACUAGAGGGACAAGUCCAACCCGAGGUGCUUCAAUUGAAAUUCUUGUCUUUCAUUUCCCUUGCUUACAAUAGGCUAACCAAUAUCACAAACGCAAUCGAGAUUUUGACUCGUUGCAAGACACUCACAAUAGUCCUCCUUGGAAGAAAUUUUCUACAUGAGGCAAUACCAGGUGAUGACACUAUAGUUGGUUAUGAUGGAUUUGAAAAUCUUCGAAUUUUGAGUCUUAGUGAAUCCCAACUCACAGGUCAAUUGCCCAUAUGGCUAUCUAAGCUCAAGAAGGUAGAAGUCUUGAAUCUAUAUUCCAACCGUUUCACGGGUUCAAUUCCUAGUUGGUUGUCGACUCUUCCAAGGCUCUUCCAAUUGGACCUAUCUGAUAACCUUAUUUCAGGUGAAUUCCCAGAACAACUUUGUUCAUUGCCAGCAUUAGUGUCACCAAAGGCUCCAGAUAACAACAGUUAUUUGGAUUUACCAGUUUUUUACACAAUAGCAAGUACUACCCAAUACAAUUUUCUCUCAAACCUGCGACCAUCAAUAUUACUUGCAUUCAACAAUCUUAGUGGGAACAUCCCCGUUGAGAUUGGCCAUUUGAAGAUGCUUCAUCAUCUGAAUCUCAGUCAUAACAAUUUCUCAGGCAACAUUCCGAACCAAUUGUCUCAGCUCACAAACUUGGAAGGAUUGGACCUCUCUACGAAUCGGUUGUCUGGCGAAAUUCCGGCAUCACUAAGUAGUCUUAACUUCUUGUCUCGUUUUAGUGUUGCAAACAACAAUUUGCAUGGACCAAUACCAUCAGGCACUCAGCUCCAGACCUUUGAUAUCUUUGCAUAUGAGGGCAACCCUGGACUCUGUGGGCCCCCACUUCCACAUGAGUGUGCCCAUAUUGUUGGGAACAACAGAGACAUUCGGGAUGAGGAGAAUGGGCAUAAAAUCCCAUGGUUUUCAAUUACUGUGGUUCUUGGCUUCACUACAGGUUUUUGGGGAGUUUGUGUUCCAUUGGUUAUUAGUUAUAAGUGGAGAGUUGCGUAUUUCCGAUUCAUGGACCACGUAAAAGAUAGGUGUAUAAUCCUAUUCUUCAAAAUUGCAUAUUAGUUGCUUUAGAGUCUGUUUUCAAUUGGUUGCUUUACGGUCAGUCAUCAAUUUUGGUUUCUCAAGUUUCAAUUUGAGCAAUUUAAGGGAAAGCUUGUUCUAUUAUUGAUACCAUGUUGCUUUUUUAGUGGCUGUGUUGGUUUUAGCAGUUGUUGUUUGUAUGUAAGUAUUGUUGUUAAUUAUGUUGGUUUGUAGUAGUUGUCUGGUGCAGCAAUAGGUUUUGCUGCAUUUUGUGUUCUGUUGUAAGUUCUGCUAGUUUGUAGCAGUUCUUGUGUUCGGUGUGUUUCCGGUUGGAUGUGUUCAAGUUUUCACUGGAGGGGUGUAUUCCUUUUUUG